CGUGAAUGCCCCUGACGGAAUGCAACCGGUAUUACGCAGAUGUGAAUUCGCUAUUUCUGUGUUAAUUUAUGAGUAAUAUUAGAAUAUGUAUUAUUACGAUAAAAAUUUCGAUUAUAUUUUUAGUGAAUUAUUAAUUAAAGAUUUUUAUUUUAAGCUGUGUUGGGAUGAACUUGUGGAGCGCUAAUGAACAUCAUGGAACGUAAUCUGUAGACUGGUUUCCUACGUUUGUCGUUUGAUGGCGCAUUUACAUGUUUUAGAAUUUUACUUGAAGUGAGGUUAUGGUUUUCAGUGGUUGAGUAUUUACAUUAGUCCGUUGCAGCUGUUUGUUUGCGAAGAAUUCAUAUUUUGACAAACAUGUCUUCGUGGAAAAAAGCAGCGAAAUCGUCGCAGAAAACUCAUAGAGAGAGACAUCAGCCUGAGUCUCGCCAACACUUGGGUAUUUUAGAAAAAAAGAAGGACUACAUUGCAAGAGCUAAAGACUACCAAGGAAAACAGAAAACAUUAAAGCUUCUACGUAAACGGGCCCUUAAUAAAAAUCCAGAUGAAUUUUAUUUUCAUAUGAUUAACUCUAAAAUCGAGGAUGGAGUGCAUAAAGAGAAAAGGAAAGAUGAUACUUCUACUCCAGAUCAAAUACAGUUGAUGGAGACUCAAGAUAUUCGUUAUGUUGCAUACAAAAGAAACAUAGAAGCCAAGAAAAUAGAUAAGAUUCAAAGUCAGUUGCAUAUGAUCGAUGCUGUAAAUGAGGUUCCAAAUGACCACAUAUUCUUCCUGGAUGGCAAAGAAGAAAUGAAAAACUUUGAUCUAGCAGAAAGAUUGGACACGCAUCCGGCAUUGCUAUCUAGACGUACAAACAGGCCAAAAUUGAGUAGAUUGAAGGACAUGAAACUGCCAGAAAUCGAUGAGAAAACAUUAAAUAAAAUAGAACAGCAAAAGCACAUGUCCUAUAAAGAGUUGGAAAAAAGAAUCAAUAGAGAACGGGAAUUAACCAUUGUACAAGAAAAAUUAGAAAUGCAGAGGGCACUUAAAGACAGAAAGGUCACUAAACCAAAAUUAAUACGCAAAGGUACAAAAACUUCUGCACCAGUAUAUAAAUGGAAAUACGAAAGAAAGAGAUAAUUUCUUGUUUAUACUAA